UUGUGUUUGGGCGGGUGUUGCGUUUGUGCUGAAAACUGUCAUUCCAAUCUGGCAACCCUGGCAGUUGAGAACAAGUCCGCAACAUGGCUGCUGGAAACCAUAGGGAUGCUGCAGUUUCCAAGUAUGUUUAAUACUGAUCAGGCAAGAGGAAAACAACGAUUCUCGACCCCUGCACCUUCCAUUGUGAAAAGGACAGACUUUCAUAUGUAUGUCCUGUCUGAACCCAGUCAGCUCACAGCAAAGGGCUUUGAAGAGCUAGAACUUGCCCAUGCUGGCCUUGGGAAGAGGAUGUUAAGUAUGCCAGACCAUUUGAAACAUGAUGAG